AGAAUUUGAUGCUGAUUCCGAAUAUGUAUGUGUCAUAGCGUAGUUUUGUGGGCAGGAAACAUGCCUUAAUGGGACGCGUCCUUUAACAAGAAUGAAAGAUUAUGAAAUAGCUAAUCUAACUCGUGCACUAAGACAAAGCUUUUAGAGGCACAAAAAAAAUCAGAUACUUCAGUUUUGCUCUUCUCGAAGGCUAUUCAAGCUUCCAUACGCUUAUUUCUGAUAUGUUUUUACAACUAUUGUUCCUCCGUUCUAUUUAGUCCGCUCUUGUUUCUUUAGGUAACCACUAACAGGGGCGUCGCGAAGAGGGAAAAGUUCCAUUAAAUCCUAAUAUCGGUGAAAAAAUUUUCCGUAUUUUAGGAGAAAAAGGCAAAAUUUUUGGUAUAUUUUUGCAAAUUUUUCUUACAAAAACUAUCUUCAUGUUCAUUUUUUUCUGACCCCCGUUACAUGUUUUUUAUAGGCCGUCCUAGGUAGCGCUUGUCUAAUAUUUUGGUCUUAGACUCCCCUUUUCUCGCUUUUUCAGCACCAAAACCGGAGUAUCUAUACUACACGCGACGCCCCUGACCACUUAACUUCAUUUUCUGUUUCUAUGUCUUUUUAGACGUAAUGCAGCCUCAGCCCAGUUCACUGCUGCUACCGCUACUGCCAAAGCAACGUCACGAACAAGAAAUUCUAAUUCUGAUUCUGAUCCUCGUCUGUCACCACGAAAACGAAAGCUAACAGUUGCUGAAGUAAGCAGUGAAGAAGAGGAGGUAGAAGAAGGAGGCAGCGAUGAUGAUGAAUCUCUCGAAAGUGAUGAAGAAGACUCAAAUGAAAGUGACGACGAGCAAGAAAAUGAAGAAGUCUGGAUUUUGACAAAGACAGAGUUGAAAGAAGAAAAAGCAACCCCUUCAGCUUCCACACUGAAACGACAACGUUCAUUAUCACGAAAGCCUUCGGAAACUACAUUGAAACGAACAAAUUCUGUAGCUGCAGCGAGAGUUAGUUCAAAUGAUCCGACUUCAACGAAGAAGAAGGUUCUUUCCGAUGUUAAAUCGAAUCAAACAGCUAUUUUCAAAGAUCUUGGCAAUUUAACGAAAGAAAAAACAAUUUUUGCACAAGCGAAAGAAUGGACAGAGACAAAAUGUGAGGUUGUUGCAAUUGAUUGUAAUUCAGAUAUGACCUUAAACGAAUUAAAAAUGAAAUUAAAAGCUGAGUUAAAGUUGCAUGACGAAGAUGUUAAAAAAUUAUAUAUCAAUGAAACAAUGAAACUGAUCGAAGACCAUGACAGUGCAACUCAUUCAAUGAAAUUAUCAGAUUUUAAAAUUGAAAAUCACGAUAUUAUUUACUAUUUUGAGCCCUCUGAAGAGUUUGCUGGCCAAGUUCUAUAUAUUAAAACCUUGACUGGAAAACGUACUACACUUCCAGUAAGUCAAUUAUUCAACAGAUAA